AUGGAUACAGACGAAAUUGGAAAUGAGGAGGUGGUUUUCGAUAUAUUAAAACAAUUGUUCUCACCAGGACAAACCAAGGAAGAGGUCAAGGAUGGUUACAACAGCUGGGCUGAUACGUACGAAACUGAUUCAAACCCUGACCGAUAUACAGGUCCGAUACAGGCAGCCAUGGAAUGCUGUGAAGUUAUACCAGAAGCAAACAGAGAGGAUGCCUUAGUGCUCGAUGUGGCUGCUGGAACAGGAUUUCUUGGCAACGAGCUGCAGCUGAAAGGUUUCAGAAAUCUUCAUGCAUUGGACCCAUCAACAAAAAUGUUAGAGAAGGCCAACACUCGGAACAUUUAUCAGAAACUCAUCAACAAGUUUAUAUCGGAGGAGCCACUGAUCCAGGUAGAGGCUGACACCUAUGACAUCGUCGCUUCAUCCGGAGGAAUGGGUCAAGGUCACAUUCCGGCAGGCGCAUUAUGGGAGAUGUUAAGAAUAACCCGUCAAGGUGGAUUUAUAAUCUUAGUGAUGAGAGAGGAAUACCUGAGACAUCCGGAAUAUGACGGUAUACUGGAAGUGUUGAUGGAAAACAUGGAGAAGACUAGAAAAUGGAAAAUGAUUAAAAAAAGGAUAAUUCAGAAGUAUUUUGCAGAAAAAGAAGGGGUUGCAUUCGUAUUUAAGAAAGCAUAA